AUGGCAACCGAUGUGAAAAUCGCCCAAGCAAUUGGCACCCUUGGCUAUGCAGCCGCAGCGGGGGGUAUUGCCACACUCUCUGCUGUGUGCAUACCUAAUAUCACCGCGCUAGCUCAAUUUCCAGCCAAUUCUACCCUUUCACUCGACGAGACUCGCAGAAUCCUGCAGCUGUCGCAUCAGUGGUUGGAUUUAUACGACCGCGGCCACAAAAUCUUCCCGAGUAUCACAGCUUUCGCCUCAAUUGCAAACAUUUAUGUCUUCUGGGAGUUGCGAAAUACUCAGACCCGGGCUAGCCGUUAUCUUCUCGCUGCUUCAGUGGCAAUGAGCAUCGUACCGUGGACAUUUUUGACUAUGGUCAAGACGAAUGAUCAGCUAGAUGCUCAUGCGCUUCAUGCCGAUGCAACACGUGCCGAUACGAGAGACGUCACGGCUGGGUCCCGGGAAAAGUCGAAUCAGACCGUGAAAUAUGGCGAGAUACUCCGGCUUUUGAAGAAGUGGGCGAAGCUAAAUUUGGCUAGGGCUAUGUUUCCACUUGCUGGAGCAUUGAUAGGCUUUUGCACCGCUGUGUCGAGCCGUUGA